GCGCGUUACGUAAUGAGCCGCACACUCGCGAAUGCGAAUAUAUACUCGGCGAGUUGUGCGCGUCGGGGGAUAAGGCAUCUUAUCCCUAUCUUGUUUAUAUAGGCGCAUUCCACGCUGCUGGCGCGUAUGGUCUCGCGCCGCAAGCUCAGGUCGCGCGGGUUUAGUGUUGCUUAGUUAUUCCUGUGUGCAAGGUAGUGGCAACGAUUCUCUACUCUGUCUCUCUUGUUUUGUGUAUACAAGUAUUGUUGUUUUAACAUGUCGUCGUCGGAUUCGGCUUCUGUUACGAUUCGCGAGGCGAGACGCGAGGAUUGCCAGGCCAUUAUCAACCUGUCUAAGGAAAUAGCGAAUUUUCACAAACACUUUAACAGUCCUCAGGUUGACGUCAAAGUGUUGGAGAGAGAUACCUUUGAUGUUGCCAAUCCGAAUAUGGGCUUCUUUGUUGCUGUGAUUGAUAAUGUUGUGAUCGGUUACUGUCAUUAUUAUUACACGUACACCAUCAGGCUGGGGAAGAAUAUGUGCCUUCAGGACCUCUACGUGCAAGAGAAGUUUCGCAAUCAUCGUGUUGGUGAUAAACUUAUGCAUGCACUUGCUAAGAAAGCUGUAGACGAGAAGAUUGGAAAAAUGGAAUUUGUGGUCACUGAUUGGAAUCCUGCCAAAAACUUUUACAAAAAGAGAGGUGCCACUGACUACACCGAAAAAGAAGACUUUCAUUUGUACCAAUUUGACAGGGCUUCCAUUGAGAAAAUGGCAUCAACAUGAUGAAUCAGCCUCUUAAGUGCAAAACCGUCAAUUAAACUACUUGAGGCGGCAGUUUUAGGCUCGGAGUAACUUUUAUGCGAAAUGCAACUUAAUUUUCGGCAAUGAUUAAUCAUGCUGUGCACUACAGUGAUGCAGAUGUUUAGCUACUGUAGAGUCGUUGUGCCAAGUACAUAAUUUUUAAGAUCACGAUCGCGAGUGGUCAUAAAAAAUGAGGGUUACAUUCUCUAAGAAUAACAAAAAUAUAUUUUUAAGACAAUCAAAGAAAUAUAUUGUUAUAUCUUUAUAUUAGAAUGAAAUUAUACUAAAAGAAAUAAUAAAGUUUAUAUACACUUUUGUAAAUAAUCAAGAGCUAAAUACAGUUUAAACAGCUGUAUAUUUAUAUUUGAGAUAGUUUAUUUUGUAUCACACUGUUGAUAUAUAAAAACUGCUUAGGAAUCAUAUUUCCUGUCUUAUACAAAUAUAUUAGGUAUACACAUCAUUGAGAAGAUAUAUCUCUUUGUAAAAAAUAUAAAAAGCCAAAGUGCGAUUAUAUGUAAAAAGAAAACCGUAGAUCCUUACAAUAAGGCAAUCAAUGGCGUUAGUUAACGAUUAUUGUUCGUUAUUAUUUUUACAGUAUAAAAUACAUUAUUUCCGUAAAAAAUUCUUAUAAAACUACUUUUUCACGAGCCAUUUGAGUAUAACAAUUUCAAGUGCUUGGAUUCUAACUGAUAAUCUCUAUUAUUUGAUUGUUACUUAGUAAGAUCGCAAUAAUAAAUAUUAAAAUGUUUUGCAAAAAAUCAUCAUUACUCAUUAGUAUUAUUUACUUUCAGUCUUUAGUUAGGCUCUGCCAUACCUCGUUAACACAGGUCUCCAGUAAAUCGACUGCGUUCACGGCAGCAGCGUAGCCUUCGUUUGUCGAUUUUGAAUCGACAACGUCUACGGUGUGUCCCAGCCAUUUGUCAUUUUUUCCGUUUGUCUCGUGCUUUUUGAGAUGCUCAUCGUACGUUUGCUUCUUGGGAAAGUUAACGUCGCACUGCUCGCAUCUGUAAAUUUGAUUUCAAAUAUUUUUUUUGUCGUACACAUGCGUUUGAUUGAUUUACAAUAGAAUUAUUCACGAUAAUGAAAAUGCUGUAUAAAUUUGUUUUACGAAAAUCAGUAGAUAUGUACAGGGAAUAGUCAGACAACAAAUCUAUAGCAGUUACUAGUAAAAUUGUUGGGAUUUGAUUUGAAAAAUACAACAAAUUAGAAAGCUUA